ACGUAACGCCUACGCUUCCGCCCGCUGCGGCGCCUGGAGCAGGUCGGGGGUGGUCACUUCCGCCGGAGUAGCUCACUGCGUCCGGGUCAGCCACUGCCGCUGUUCUUUGCAGUUGCAGCCAGGGGAACUGGGCUGGGGUCUCCACCGUUGACCGAGGGGAGCGGGCUCCGCUCGGCGCCACCUUCUGCGACCUGGCCGUCAGCCCCACAUCGCCGGCCUGGAGGGGCGAAGAGGACGAGGGGGCCAAGGCUUCCUCCGGGGACAUUGGCUCCCUGGAUUAUCAGGAGUUGGAAGUUGACAUCGAAUCCAGGUUGAGGAUGGAAGGUGUGGAGCUGAAAGAGGAAUGGCAAGAUGAAGAUUUUCCCAUCCCUUUACCAGAAGAUGAUAGUAUUGAAGCAGAUAUACUAACUGGACCAGAGAACCAGCCUGACCUAGUAGAAGUUAAUGGAAAUAAAGUGCGAAAGAAACUAAUAGCUCCAGACAUUAGCUUGACACUGGAUCCUAGUGAUGGCUCUGUGCUGUCAGAUGACUUGGAUGAAAGUGGGGAGAUUGACUUAGAUGGCUUAGACACCCCAUCAGAAAACAGUAAUGAGUUUGAAUGGGAAGAUGAUCUACCAAAACCCAAAACUACUGAAGUAAUUAGGAAAGACUCAAUUACUGAAUACACAGCAGCAGAAGAAAAAGAAGAUGGACGACGCUGGAGGAUGUUCAGAAUUGGAGAACAAGACCACAGGGUUGAUAUGAAGGCAAUUGAACCCUAUAAAAAAGUUAUCAGCCAUGGAGGAUAUUAUGGAGAUGGAUUAAAUGCUAUUGUUGUGUUUGCUGUCUGUUUUAUGCCUGAAAGUGGUCAGCCUAACUAUAGAUACCUAAUGGACAAUCUCUUUAAAUAUGUUAUAGGCACUUUGGAACUGUUAGUAGCAGAAAAUUACAUGAUAGUUUAUUUAAAUGGUGCAACAACUCGAAGAAAGAUGCCCAGUCUGGGAUGGCUCAGGAAAUGCUACCAGCAAAUUGAUAGAAGGUUACGGAAAAACCUAAAAUCUCUAAUCAUUGUACAUCCCUCUUGGUUUAUCAGGACUCUUUUGGCUGUUACAAGACCAUUUAUUAGCUCAAAAUUCAGCCAAAAAAUUAGAUACGUCUUUAAUUUGGCAGAACUAGCGGAACUUGUUCCCAUGGAAUAUGUUGGCAUACCAGAAUGCAUAAAACAGUAUGAAGAAGAAAAGUUUAAAAAGAAACAAAAAAGAGUUGAUCAAGAGCUUAAUGGAAAACAAGAUGAACCGAAAAGUGAACAGUAAGUUUGGCUUCUAGUCCAAACAAAAGUGAGGAAUGUGCUGGUGAAACAGUACUGUUUAUUGCAUUUAUAAUGCAUUUAUUGGCUUGUGUUUUACAUAAUCUGUUAAAAAAUUGACUUGACUUUUUCUUGAUGGACUUUUUGUACAAGGAACUGUUCACCACAGUAUUGUUUGCAAAUCUCUUGAAUUUAGCUCUUUAAUGGCUAUAGUGUAAUCAUUUUGUAUUUUAUAUUGCUAAAUAGCAGAGAACUACACUUUAUAUAAGGCAAUUUUGCAUUUGUUUAUUGAAUGAUGGAUCCAUCUUCAGUAAAAUAUUUAUAUGCAUAAAUGGCAAAGGAAAGAAAUAAUAUAUUUUUUAUGUUUUUGAGCAAUAUUUUUUAAUGUAUACCUAUCUGUGGAAGAAUAUGUAGGUAAAUAAGACCAUAAUUUUGUAAAGUGCAUGUUAGAAUUUUUGUUUUUGUAAAUGGUUGAAUACAUUUCCUGGGUAACUUAGAAAAUUAAGUUGCUCUAAGGCAAGGGACAGUUAAACUGAUUCUCAUGAAUAUCCAAAGAUCAUGUUUAUAAUAUAAGUAGAUUAGUACCAUCUCAAACUUUUCUUCACUUUAAUGUAUAUUCCUUAAUUCAAAGGCACAAAUACAAGUGCAUUGCACACCUUUUCUUUUUGAAGGACAAGUCAAAAAGCCACUUUUAGAACUUUUGAGAGGCUAGAAAUUGGGGUUUGUGUGUAUGUACAUAUGGGACAUUCUGUCUUCUGGCCCAGAGUCAGAGCUGUUUAAAAAAAAAAAAUUCAUGGAUUUGUUCACCAGUGUGAAAGGAGUUGUGUGUCAGGUGUCAAUCGCAUGAGUGCAUGAGUGCUGUGUAGUAUUGCAGAGAAUGUAAUGAGUAUUCACUGCACAGCUUUCUCUAGAAAAAUGGGCUGCUUUUGAAACUGUGCUCACUUGUGAACAUUACCAAAAUGCUUAGAAUGUCAGUUAUUUGAACUCAGUAGUUAUUUGACCUAGUCACAUAUGGUGUGCUUUUGAGUUUCUAUUGAAUCAUGUGUGAUAAUACUGUAAAUUAGGUUAAUACUGAAAGUCUUAGAGCACCAUUAUAUUGUGCUGUUUGGGGUGACACAUUUGAUACAAACAUGUAAACUCCUUGUUUCAUUUGUAAGUACCUUUACAUCAAAAUAAAUGUUAUUUGUGCCUCCAAACAGACCUUAAUUAACUAUAAAGUCAUCCUAGAACAACAUAUUGGUCUACUAUUGUCAUAUGUUUGAAUUACAUAUACAUAUCUAAUGAGGUUAUAUCCUCCAUAUUUGAAGGUAUCCCUUCCUGGAAAUUCUUUUAUUGGAGUGGCCUAGAGUAGCAAAAUUGAAGCAGAUUUAUUCUCUCCUGUACUGAACACACACAUGGCUUUUACCCUUUCAUUUUUUAGUGUAAAGUUUCUGUUGUGAAAGGGAAUUUUUCUUUAGUCAUAAGCUUGAUCUGCUAACUUAAAUCCAGUUAGGGGAGAUGCUAGAGGAUUCCCUGAAUGAGGUAUCCCUUGGCAGCCUCUUAACUUGGAUCCAACAGCUAUGCAUCCUGUACUAAUGUCAUUACAGUGACAUUAAGCCAAAACCGUUAUGAAAUACUUGCCUGAAACCUGAGAAACACUUUGUGUUAAAGAAGUAACUUAACAGUAACUACCUAGGCAUUCCUUCUGAACUUAACCAUAUGAGAAUUAUGAAUGAAGAUCAUCUUGGGUUUUAUUAUGAUUAGAUAGAUACCAUACUUGUAGAACAUUUUAAGUAGUCUUUCAUCUGUAUGUCUUUAUCUUCUCAAAACGGGCUGACCUCUUUAAUAGCACAUUAAGUUCUUGACUCUUCCAUUUCAAAACUACAAAAAAUUUCAACUCUUUAUUGUGUUUAUUAACUUUUGCUUUUGCAGAUACAACUUGUUGCAAAAGGGAUGUUUUUCUAAAUUUUUUGAAAAUGCAAGUAAGCCUAUAUUGUGUCAGAACAUUAAAAUUCAGAGUGAACAGCUUGGCAGGGUGGUUCAAGCCUGGUAACCCAGCCCUCAAGAGGCUAAGGCAGGAGGAUCAUGAAUUAGAAGCCAUCCUGGGCUACAGAGUGAGACCAUGUUUUACAACUUCAGAAGGAACAGUGAUAACACUUAUUGUAAUGACAGGAACACGCUAUGAAGUACUACCUUAAGGAUACUUGCUUUAACCUAUACCUUAAUGGAAUCUGGUAUAGCGAUGUGCCCACAAUAAGUGUUUUUAUUAAGUUUAUUUUUAAUUUAUAUCUAACAAUUUCCCAUAUUAUUUGAUGUUAAUUUCCAUUACUGAUUGAGGUGAAGGUACAUUAUGUGGGGUUUUUUUGUCUGUCUGCUGGGGUCAUGGAUCUAAUUUCACUGGCUUAAUUCAAUGUUUUCUUCACCAUCUUUGCUACACUUAGGUUCUGAAUACCCCCUUUUUAUUCCUGUUUGUUUUAUAAAAUAAUUUGAUUCCAUGUUCUACUUGAUCAUGUUCCUAAACCAGCACCAAUGAAAGUCAUGAUAUUGACGCUACAUUUACACAUAAUAGUCUUGAACUCAAAGGAGUGAAGGGGAAUAUGAAGAAAUACGAUUCUAAGUAGAGUUUAGUUAGCACAGUUGAAAGAUAAAGGGAAAAAAACCUUUACAAAGAGAUUAAAAACUUAGCUGUUACCUAAGAUGCCCACUAAAUGUGUCCCUCUUAAGGAAGUACUCUAUUGGCAGUUGUUGGUACCAUUAUUUGUAUCCAACAGGAAAGUCCAUAGCUACAUCCAGUAUGUGAAUAAAGAGAACAUGGAUUGAAGGAGGAAAAGCUGACUGUUUUUGUGGUGAGAAUCCACACUUUCCUCUGUCUCCGUUACAGAAGCAGGUUUGAACACAGUGGAUUAGCAACUAUAGGGCUCAAAUUAAAGUUUGUUACUUCCUUUUUCACAGUUUGUAAACAGUAAUGUAGGCUUUCAGAAUAGAUACCACUAUGUAGUGACUGCACUGAAUACUGAAAUCUGCUGGACAAGUAAAUAUCUGUACCUAGAAUUUCUUCACAGCUCUAGAGUUUUAAAAAGUAAGGAGGCUGCUUUUGGGUAGAUUUCCUUCAUAUAUCACAUUACUGUUUGGAUGUUUAUGUGAGUGCUCAGGGAAUUUGGAUAAGUGAUUUAAUGCAGAAGUGGCUUGUUAGGUUUCUCUAGUUAAUAAUAAUUAGUAUUAGGAUAUAUCUGGCAGAAAAGGCCAGUUUCUUGAUCUGUUUGGUAAGACUAUAUAUGUAAGCCUUCUUUUUCCUGUGUGGUCAGUAGAAAAUUGUCAACAUAGUUUGAUCAGAUGGAAGGCAAAAAGAGGCUGACAGGUAGAGAUGGCUACCCCAUUGUAUUUUGUUUUCAUGCUUGUUUUUUCCCCAUCCUAUAUGGAUAUUUAAGAAGUGGGUCACAAGCAAAUCUUAGGAGGAUGGAGUAAAUAAGAGGAAUUAAUGUACUUAUAAGUUAGGCCUUUUGGUGUUGAAGAGUUCAUCUUGUCAUAGGGAAUGAAAACUGUGUAGUUUAAGUUACAAGUAGAGGCAAGAACUUAGAUUGCAUGGGAUAGUAAACUGAGGAGGGAAGAGGGGUAGAGUCUAUGUAAUUUUCUAAGCUAGUACAAAAGAAUUGCCUGGGGAAGCCCUUUCUUCACUGUCCUCAAGAAGGAAUUUGAAAACAUCCCCAAGGAGGCUCAGUAAUGUAACUUUCCUUUAAAGUUCUGAAUGGUAAUUGAAAUAAAGUAUAUUGAAAAGGAAGGACUGACACUAACAUUUGAAUAGAACAGUUGGUUGCAACUAUAUAUAAUAGAGGUAAUUUCUUUCAUUUUGAGAACUAAGUUUUAAAAUGCUAGGAAAAACUCAUACACAGCACUUAACAAAUCAAGCACCAAUUGAAAAUCAAGAGUUCAGUGCAUUCAAACUAAGCUGUUUGCUUCAAAUAGCUCUCUGAUUCUUACAAGACUUCUUCUAAGAGGUUAAGACAUUUGUAUUUGAAUUUUCGUGCAUUUUCACAUUCAGUUUGACAAAGAAAGAACUUGAAAAAUACCAGCUACUUGCACUGCACCUGCUGUAUGUGGACUUUAACAGUUGCUUAAUUUUUAUUUACAUAAAUCUAGCUAGUAGGUGGUGUUCAGGGCCACUGACUUGCACAACCCUUAGAACACUUCACAUAGAACACAAUUCAGAAUUUCUUAGACACUAGUGCACUUUCAUAUAUGUUUCUUUCAAAAAUAUUUUCAUUACCACAGUACAUAUAAUGUCAUUUGGGCAAAAUUAACUUACUGUGACCUUUUUAUUACUAUUAGGAUGAUGUUAUAUAGUUCUGAUGUCUCUGUUCAAGGUGGUGUUGUCCCUGUAAGAAAUACUAGGGUUGGUCAUGAUUUACUAAACAAAUGUAAUAUUUUCUUUUCCUUUGACUUGUUAGGAACACAAUAACUUAUGUCCUGUUGUGCACAUCAUUUUUU